AUUCUAAGUCGCUGCAGCUCCGAGCAGCAAGUGCUCUCUGCGAGGAAGCUGUUACUGUCCUGGAGGUGGACAGCCUCCCUCCUGGGAUUCGCUCAGGAAAGCCUGAAUAUGCAGCUCUCUCACUGGACUGAGAGAUGUUUUCUUUCUUUCUAAUCAACUAUGCUAGAUAGCUGCAAGCUGAAAAGUGCCUGCAAUUUGCCACUUAUUUAUAAUAAGAAAAAAAUAAAUACUUCUGGAACCAGUAAUGCAGAUGUCCCUCUGGCUGAUCCCGGAAUGUACCAACUGGACAUUACAUUAAGAAGGGGUCACAGUUUAGCUGCCCGAGACCGAGGAGGGACAAGUGAUCCAUACGUGAAGUUUAAAAUUGGAGGGAAAGAAGUUUUUAGAAGUAAAAUAAUAUACAAGAACCUCAAUCCUGUGUGGGAGGAGAAAGCGUGCCUUCUCGUGGAUCAUCUCAGAGAGCCAUUGUAUGUGAAGGUAUUUGACUAUGAUUUUGGACUACAGGAUGAUUUUAUGGGCUCAGCCUUUCUGGAUCUCACACAGUUGGAGUUGAACAGACCCACAGAUGUGACUCUAACACUGAAAGAUCCCCAUUAUCCUGACCAUGACCUUGGAAUCAUUUUGCUCUCAGUCACCCUUACACCUAAGGAAGGAGAACACAGGGAUGUGACAAUGCUAAUGAGGAAGAGUUGGAAAAGAUCAAGUAAGUUUCAGACCCAAAGUUUACGUCUGUCCGAUGUACACAGAAAAUCACAUCUUUGGCGAGGAAUAGUCAGUAUCACGUUGAUUGAGGGGCGAGACCUCAAGGCGAUGGAUUCAAACGGGUUGAGUGACCCCUACGUGAAGUUCCGGCUUGGGCAUCAGAAGUACAAGAGCAAGAUUAUGCCCAAAACUUUGAAUCCUCAGUGGAGAGAGCAAUUUGAUUUUCAUCUCUAUGAAGAAAGAGGUGGAAUUAUUGAUAUCACUGCAUGGGACAAAGAUGCUGGGAAAAGAGAUGAUUUUAUUGGCAGGUGCCAGGUUGACCUGUCCGUCCUCAGUAGGGAACAGACGCACAAGUUGGAAUUGCAGCUGGAAGAGGGUGAGGGACACCUGGUGCUGCUGGUCACCCUGACAGCUUCGGCCACCGUCAGUAUCUCUGACCUCUCCGUCAACUCCCUGGAGGACCAGAAAGAACGGGAAGAAAUAUUAAAGAGAUAUAGCCCAUUGCGGAUAUUCCACAACCUGAAAGAUGUAGGAUUUCUCCAGGUGAAAGUAAUCAGAGCAGAAGGAUUAAUGGCUGCUGACGUGACAGGUAAAAGUGACCCUUUCUGCGUAGUUGAACUGAACAAUGAUAGACUGCUAACACAUACCGUCUACAAAAAUCUCAAUCCUGAAUGGAACAAAGUCUUCACAUUCAACAUUAAAGAUAUCCAUUCAGUUCUUGAAGUGACAGUUUAUGAUGAAGAUCGGGAUCGAAGUGCUGACUUUCUGGGCAAAGUUGCUAUACCAUUGCUAUCUAUUCAAAAUGGUGAACAGAAAGCCUACGUCUUGAAAAACAAGCAGCUGACAGGGCCAACAAAGGGGGUCAUCUAUCUUGAAAUAGAUGUGAUUUUUAAUGCUGUGAAAGCCAGCUUACGAACAUUAAUACCCAAAGAACAGAAGUACAUUGAAGAGGAAAACAGACUCUCUAAACAGCUGCUUCUAAGAAACUUCAUCAGAACGAAGCGUUGUGUCAUGGUGCUUAUAAAUGCUGCAUACUACGUUAACAGUUGCUUUGAUUGGGACUCACCCCCAAGGAGCCUUGCUGCUUUUGUGGUGGUGGAGGACAUGCUCGAGGUCGAGGAAGAGGAGGAUGACAGAGAUGACAAGGACAGUGAAAAAAAGGGGUUUAUAAAUAAAAUCUAUGCCAUCCAGGAGGUAUGCAUCAGUGUCCAGAACAUCCUAGACGAAGCGGCUUCCUUCGGCGAAAGGAUAAAGAAUACUUUCAACUGGACGGUCCCCUUCCUAAGCUGGCUGGCCAUUGUAGCCCUCUGUGUGUUCACAGUCGUCCUGUACUUCAUUCCACUGAGAUACAUUGUCCUUGUCUGGGGCAUCAAUAAAUUUACAAAAAAGCUUCGGUGUCCCUAUGCAAUUGACAACAAUGAACUGCUUGACUUCCUUUCCAGAGUCCCUUCAGAUGUACAAGUGGUGCAAUACCAAGAGCUGAAACCAGAUCCCUCUCAUAGCCCAUGUAAAAGGAAGAAAAACAAUCUUGGCUAGCUAGCUCCCAGCACUGAGAAGACCAGCAUCUGUUUGGGAAGAUAAAAGAAAAAGCCUUCAAGCCUCAGCAGCAUUUCCUUUCUGCUUUUUAUUUAUUUUACGCCUUCCACCCCCCCAUUUUUUAAAUGAUUGAGAGAAUCUGUAAAUAGUGUAUAAGGGCAUAUGUCUUUGAAAAUAUACUUCCAUUGUACAGAAUCAAUUUGAUAAAGAUUUGCUUACUGCUGUGUGGAAGUCUUGUUAGCUGUGGCUAAUAAAAUAACACAAUGGAACAAAAAAUAUAAGAAUGUUAACACUGGGAGAUGCACACGUCUCUCAUUACAAGUGGAAGAACCAGAUUAGAGUAAAUGCUUCGCUCUGAUUAAAUCUAUAUAACAUGUAAAUGCCUAUUUGAUUUUAAAGUUUUUUUUAAAUGUGACUAUUUUUUAUCUGAAAAGUACAUUACAGUUUUCUAUGUUUUAUACAUUUCAAAAGGGAGGAGGGAGCCCCAAGACGUGAAUAAUGGAACAGAUGCAUUUCAAUUUCACAUAAAUUCUGAUUUCAGAUCCUGACGUUUAUUCCUAAGCAAAGUAUUUAGAUGUGACUAGGCUGAUUUAAAGCUAAUGAGUGAAGGUACAUUUACCCCCUCAAAAGAAUCUUCUACACUCUGAAAUCUUACAAAGAAAACUUCCAAACCUUCUAUCAUUCCAUCUAAAACCUUAAAAUCUCUACAGGAUUACACAUAAAUACUGCCAGGUUUAUAAAUGAUUGCCUAUCUGAAUUUUUAUACCUACCACUCUUUAAUUUGUACCAAGUUAGCAAAUCAGCAAAAUUCCAGUAGCAAACUAAAUCCAUAUUGCUUUUGGUGUCAGAUUAUACCUCUGUAUAUCUAAAAAUAUUUAAUACUCACGUGUUCUCACAGAAAAAAAAAUCUGCUCUCAUUAGAUUACUGAAGUCUUUAAUGCAUACUAUGAUUUUUGUUAUUAGUGUGAAUUGUAAUGUAGAGGAGAAUGCAGUGUGCUAAGUGAUAUGCUAAUGUUUCAUUACAUUCAUUUAUGGAAAAAAAUAAUCAUUCUUGAUAAUAUGAAUGCAUGAAAACCUAUUUUGUAAAAUAAAUUGCUUAUGGGGAGGGGGAGUUUGCCUUUAAAAAUGUUUCACUACUUACUAUAGAAUCUAUAUUUAAAAAUUGCAUUCCCAAGACUCUUAUGGUAGUUUUUCUAUCUAACUUCCUGUUAUGUCAAGGGAGUGUGCCCUUGAUUGUAAGAUUGGUGAGAAUGUCCUACUUCCCCCCAACUUGGUAGGGGAUUAAGCCUGGUUGAAAUUGCUACAGACAAUGUUUUGCACUACUUUAUUAAUAAUAGAUUGGGGUAGGGUAAAGGAGGGGGUUAUGUUGGAAAAAUGUAGAAAAGCCAGAAGCAAGAAAUAUAUAUUUCACUCUAAAGAUUC